AUGAUAUCCUACCCAUGCUACGCCUCCAGAGACUGGUGGUCGACGCUGUUCGCUCGGGGUUCCGGCCGCUCCAGCCAAUGGCACGCGGCCUGUCUGAACCGCCUACCGGACUUCCCGGUGACUCUCCCCUCUUCUGCUUCGCUUCCGGAACUGGGUCCACUGUCUGAUGACUGCUUACCGGAAGCUCUACCCGCUCGUCCUAACCUCCCUGUCUUGCCCUCUCCGCAGGGUGACACUACGAGGGGAUCUGACGCGGAUACUGGUUUGGAGUCUCUCUCCUCCGAAUCGUCGGAGUCAUCGGCGGAUGAGGUUCCGGUACAGGACGCCCCGUCUGCCCCUGCUGCUCCCAAGGCCACUGCCCCGCCUCCGUCGGCUUCCGUUUCUGCUUUCGGGUUCCUCUGGAACGCGCGCAGCAACGUUGUGCAUGUGGCCAUGCAGACGGAGCCCACGGCAUUGCGAUCGAAGUCGUUCGAGAUUCACGGCUCCACCGUCUGGCUCCGCCCACUUUGUGGUGCCCGCACCCACCAGCUGGACACGGACAGUUUUUGUGCUACGGCCGGCGCAGCCUUUGCGUUUGUCCUUGCAAACCUUGCUGCCUUGGCUAUGGCGGAUCCGGUGAAUCAUGAGAUCCCAGAAGGAUUCUUCCUCACCGAAGAGGAUGAAGGGGCUUUGGCUGAAGCCCUGUCGAUAACCGAUGCGGCCCCGGCGGCCUCCGGAUCGGCCAUGUCGGACACCCUGCCGUCUCCGGGUGGCGCGUGGACCGUGCCGGACCCUGCUCCCACGGACACCACACCUCCGCUGGUGGGUCCUGAUUCCGGCUCCGGUUCAUCAUAUCUGGCUGGGCUCCGCCUGGCGACUAUUACCAGGCUCCCCAGUCUUCUUCUGGGAGCCAGUGGUCCGGCUACGGGAAUUUUGCUCCCGUUCCCGUACCUUCCGUUCUGGUCCGCCCGGGUGCAUCUGACGGGCAACUCCUUGAUGGACUGUCCCUUCUGUCCCCUGAUGUCCGUCACCGUCUCCUCUCCAUUCUUCACACGAUGGAGCAGCGCCAGGUGGGACAAGCACGAGUGGUGCUGGCGGCACCGCCAGGCCCUCCGCCUGAUCCGGAUUUCUGUACCAUUGCCUGUCGUGUUCCCGGCUGUGACCGUCUCUGUGGCCGUCCCCUGCCGCAGCCGUUUCUUUUUACUCAAAUCAAGCCCUUCUACUGCCUCGCGCCUGCCCGGCAUGUCCGUCCGACCUCGCUUGGACGAUCCGGCGGCCCUGGUGGCCCUGCUUGAUCAACUCUCUGCUUCCCCGGCUGUCCGCUCUGCCCUUUCCGCAAAGGGCUUUGCGUCACUGGGUUCUCUGGCCUUCGCGGUCUCCGACUGCUCGGAUGCCGACGAGGUCCGCCUCUUUGUCAGGUCCACCCUGUCAAUCUCUGACACGGACGAUGCUGCCUUGGUCUCUGCUGACUCCUCCUGCCUGAGGCGUCUGUUGUUCGAGGCAUCGUCCGCGGCCCCACCUAAGCCAGCGCUGGGUUCGGGAGCACCUUCUCCUGCUCCCACACCUUCUGCCUCUUCUGCCAAGAUCGCGGUGCCUGACCUUCUGCACUUGCGUAAGUCUUUCUUGGCGAAAUGUCCUGGCGAGCUCCUCACGCCGGACUCUGCUCCUUCUGUGGAUUUUCUGUCCUUGUUAAAGAACCACCAUGACUCCCAGCAGUCACUUUGGAUUCCAUGGCGCCAGCGCACAUCCGAAUCCGAUGCUACUCGUUGGGAAGAGGCACGUCGCCCUCGCAAUGAUCGUCAGUUGCUCCGUUCCCUGCUUGAUUCUGAUGCUGAGCCAUCGUCAGCCUCAGUCAAUUUGAAUAUGCAGGGCCCGCCGGAUCCGGUGCUCCGUCGAUCCCUCAGCUUGUUUGCGACUGCCCUCGCCAUGCUUGACUUUGUCCACCUGGCCACGAUUAAGAAGUUCAAUGACCGGUUCCUGCACCUGUCCCUGACACCGCCUAUGGAUACGUCACUUCGAGGCCCAUCUCUCCAGGAGAUUGUGCUCUCCGAGCUCAUCCGCGACCAUGGGUGGAGCCUCUCCGACUCUCUGAACGAGGUUGCUUUCUGCCGGGGCGAGGUGGCUAAUCUUUUGCAAGCCCGUCCCCCCUUGAGCACGGCAAGACCCCACACUGAACCGACCAUCUCCCUGCGGCUGCUGUUCCGUUGCCGUCCCCGCUGGCACCGCACGCUGCUCGGCCCUCGUCGUCGGCUCCUGCGGUCCCGGAACCUAGCUCCGACCCUGUCACGGCUUCGCCUGGCCCUGUGCAGGCCUCCUCUCCAGGCCUCUGGCCUCCCUGUGACGCUAAUUUUCCUGUGUCUGUGUCGGCACCGGCUCCUCCUGAGUCCUCCUGUACCAACUCCUGCUGUGCCCCCGAAGCGUCUAUUUCUGGACCUGUUUGCAGGUGCGGCCUCGCCGGUGUCCAACUGCAUCGCACGCCUUGGCUGUGCCCGCCUGGAACCGGUUGACGUCUUGGUUGGGCCGGCGCAUGACCUUUUGAACGACUCUACGUUCGCCAAUCUUCAGCGUCUCUGUUCUUCGGGUCUGGUUGGUGUUGCCGCGGCGGCCCCCCCAUGCUCGGCUUUCUCCCGUGCGAGACUCCGACCAGGUGGCCCGCCGCCCGUCCGCACUCUCAGCCAUCCCAAGGGCAUCCCACAUCCCACUACAUCCCAGGUCAAGGAGCUGCAAACUUCCUCACUGCUGCACUCCCGCACGCGUUUUCUUUUGCACUAG